CAGAGCCCCGAGCCCCGACGCCCGGCCCGUCGCCUCGCUCUCGCUGGCAGGACUGGAGGGGGCAACCCCGGGGUCCCGGCGGCCAGGGCCGACACCCCUGGGAACGGAGUCGGUGUGACCUUGAGGAGCAGCAGAAAUGGGGAAGACGCUGGAUCUUUCCAAGCUCACGGAUGAAGAGGCCAAGCACGUCUGGGAGGUGGUUCAACGGGACUUCGACCUUCGAAGGAAAGAAGAGGAAAGACUAGAGGGGUUGAAGGGCAAGAUUAAGAAGGAAAACUCCAAGAGGGAGCUGCUUUCAGACACUGCCCACCUGAAUAACACCCACUGCGCCCACUGCCUGCAGCCCUACCGGCUCCUUGAGACCCCCAAGAGGCAAUGCCUGGAGUGCCACCUCUUCACUUGCAGAGGCUGCAGCCACCCCCACCCAGAGGAGCAAGGCUGGCUCUGUGACCCCUGCCACCUGGCCAGGGUCGUGAAGAUGGGCUCACUGGAGUGGUACUACGGGCACGUGAGAGCCCGCUUCAAGCGCUUCGGGAGUGCCCAGGUGGUCCGGUCCCUCUGUGGGCGGCUGCAGAGAGCAGGUGGGCCCGAGCAGAUGCCCGGAGACCCAAGUGGAGAGGACGAGCAGGCUGAAGAGGAUGCAGAAUGGGGCCCGGCGGCCCAGCCCCAGCCCCUCGGCAGCCAGAAAAAGCGCCUCCUCCCCAUCCACGGCUGGGACUUUGAGGCCGACUCCGACGACUCCGAUCCGUCCUGUGGUCACCCGCCAAGCCUGUCCUCGGUCUCAGGGGCCACAGACAGCCUGCAGGCCCUCACAGAUGACCCCUGUGCAGAAGAGACCACCCCCCAGGAGGCUGGGAUCCUGGACCAGGCUGAUGCCAGGGCCCCUGGGUGCCACCCCCGUCCAGAAGAGCAGAGGGUCGGCCUCUCGCCUGCUGGACUAGACGAGCUCUCGGAGCCCUGCCUGCCGGGAGAGUCCUGCACUGCAGGCCCCGGGGUCGCUGCCACUCCCGGGACAAACAUCCUCAGGAAUGAGCAGCUGCCCUCCCAGUAUCUGGCCGACGUGGACACCUCGGACGAAGAAAGCAUCUGGACUCAGAGAGUGGCCUCUCACCAUCCCAGACAGAAAGGCUGGACCGCCUCUGAGAGCCAGCAUCCAGGUGGCGACGAGCCCACAGAUGCCGACGCGGAAGAGGCGGCCCUCAAGAGAAAGCUGGAGGAGUUGACCAGCCACAUCAGUGACCAAGGGGUCUCAUCCGCGGAGGAGGAAGAGGGCACGGAUGCAGGGUCUGAGAUGGGCAGAAGCAAGACCGUCGAGGACCACCCUGGGGCCACCUGGGAGGUGCGCACGGCAGCAGGCCAAACACCCAGCUGCGGGAAGGACCCGCUGAGUCCUGGGGACCCCAAGCAGCCCAGCAGGACCACGGAGACAGAGCUGGCGGAGUUGGAGGGCCAAGUGGCCGCCACAACUUGCGAGGUGCGGCGGACAGAGAGCCAGGUUUCAAAUAUCAAGUCCAGGAUUGCAGCCUUGCAGGCGGCGGGGCUCACGGUGCGGCCCUCGGGAAAGCCCCAGAGGAAGUCUAACCUCCCGAUCUUUCUUCCCCGGCUUGUCAGGAAAUCUGGCCAGAGUCUGAAGGAUCCAAACGCAGACCCUUCGGAUGAGGCCGAGGUGGAGGCUGUGCCCUGUCUUGUGAGGAGGAAGCUCAGCAAUUACCCCAAAAGCCAAGACAUAGAUGAUGACUCCUUCAGUCGGAAGUCCAUGUACCGUGGAUCCCUGACCCAAAGAAACCCCAACGGCAGGAAGAGAGCCGCCAACCACAGCUUUGCGAAACCUGUGAUGACCCACCAGCCCUAAGAGGAGAGGUUCACCUGAACAGGACAUCCACCCUCCUCCCCUCCACCUCGGUCACCGCGUCCCGCCUCCUGCCCCGCGCUUUCCACUGCACACAGCCCAGUGGAGGAAGAAGAGCUGCUGAAUCUGUGAUGCCCAAGAGCCUUGCCCACUAAGAUUUUCUUCCGACCAGACUGUCUCUGCACCACGAGCUCUGGUCCCAUCCCCACUGACCCCGCAGUGUCUCAGUCCCCACAGGGGCCACGUUGCCCACAAGCUGGCCCAUGGCCGCUCCAGGGGGACUUUCAGAAUUGCCAUCCGCGUUGAUCCAGAUGACUUGGGCUUUGGCAGUGUGCUGGGGUUUGUAGAAAUGAUGGGGCUGAUCCUCCUUCUCCGAAUGAAAGCUGCUUCAAAUAGGCAGCUCCUAAAUUCAGUGCUGGAAAUGAUUAAAGAUGCCUGUACGUGGAA